UUGACCAGCCUCUAUGAAAAUCGGAUGAUGUCUUCCAUCAUAUCAUGAGAGCUCCAGUGAUCCAGAAGUAAAUUAAUGAGUGCCUUCUUGUUUUCAUCAUUUGUGAGAAAACCAUUCCAGUCAGCGGGUCGAUGAACAUUCAGCCUCAGACGGUCAAUAACUCAGCUGCACAUACCAGAUUCAUGAAACCACUUCCUGUCUGAACAAUAACAUCAAUCUGCUGCUUCAUCGAGCUGCAGUUUCAAACACAGCUGCAUCCAAACAGACUAUCAUCUCAUCGCUGCUGUUGAAGACAUCAUGGCGAGUAAAGGUUUAACCUAUCGUGAGUGCACCAUUGAGAUUGAGAAUAAGUGCCCUGAGUUCACCCUGUGUAACCCACAGUUGUACACUAAAAGUGGAUUCUGUAAGAGUCCUCUGCCGCCAACACUUGGCCCGUCUGAAUCCGGCAAAGCUCAGUUCAACAAGACUUCUUUCUCGGCACGUGGAGCUGUUGGAGUCUUCACUUACGAUAUCCAGAAUAAGUCCAAAGAGGAAUGCCUUGAAAAAGUGGCUGUCAUGUUCUCUGUCCCUUAUGACUACAUCAUGUACUCGAACACGUACGCAGUGGGAGUCUUCGACAAUAAUAGAAAGGGUGAUGAAAGCCUUUUUGAAGAGAUGUGUAACGUCACUUACCCACAGUCAGGGUUUGUCAGAGGUAAAGCUAAAGACUCCCAAAGUCUGACUCACAAAGGUGAACGUGUUACCGUCCGAGCCACCAUGUCAGACAGUGCCACAUCUGUCGUCAAGGUACAGGUGUGCAUCAAAUGAAAUAUGAAGCAUCAUGGAAAACAGAGAGCUUCGUGACCGUGAGGAAAUAAUCACUUAAGUUGAAAAAAAGUGUAUUAGAUUAAAAUCACAUCUAACAUCUUACCAUACCUUUUAAACCAUGUAAACCUAUUCUGGUAUAACCUCUAAAUACAAUUAUGAACCUUAAAAAAGGAGCAUAACAUGCGGUCAUUAACUCAAAAGAUUAAUCAACUUUCAUUUCAUAAUGUCACUUUUUUUUCUCGACAUUAGUUUAUCUUUAUAUAUCUGAAUCUGUGUAUGAACUUUUGUCUCUGUUUGCAUCAUCUGGUUACAUGUGUUUAUUCAUUUAAUGACUGUGUGUGUAUACUUCAUAUAAUCACUCUGGGUCUGAAAGAAAAUAAAUUCUGAACUUUAA